UGAAAAUUCUAGUAGUACCGAUUCUCGCAGGGAAUUUUGCACCUCCAGCGGCUGGAGUAUAAGUGAUUCAAUAUUAACGCCAAGAUGAAGAACCUCAAGGAGUCAAGCCGCGAAGUGGCUCUUAAAGUUUUCCAAGGAGAAUAUAAACUAUUGGACAGGCAGCAACGCAGCACCGUUUGGAAGGUGUUUCAAGCAAUUGUUCGCGACGAUGGAACAAUGCUGAAGAACUGCUAUUUUUGUACCGGAUGCAAGCGCGUCAUGCGGGGAUACAGCUCUUCCAAUUUUCGUACCCACAUGUGUCAUGUCAAAUACAUUGCGCGUAUGCGGAAGGAGUCCAAAGACCACACUGAAACGAUCAGUCCCGAGAAGGAGGAAAAUCUCAAAAUGCCGAUCCGCUUUAAAAGAAGGACUUCUGGUCAGUUUAGAUGGUCAACAAAGUCAACCAGCCUAUUGUUACAGCUGUGGUCCGAAAAUAUUAAGGAAUUACUGAAGGGAGGCCGAUCCUUAGAUAUUCUUAAAAAUAUGGCGGAUCAUAUGAGCCAUUUGGGGGUGACUUCUAUGGAUAUUAAAGACAAAAUUGAUGAUACUAUCGAAAAAUAUCGGGAAGAAGAAAAUAAAGAGAAACUGACGGGUAAACCGUCAAAGUGGAUCAUUUACAAACGUGUACGGAAACUUCUCUCAGGAGUGGAAAACAAGGCUAAACAUUUCGAUAAUAAAACUUUCUUGAAUCGGAACCUUAACUAUGAAACUCCUCUUGAAAUUAAAUCGGAACAGGUCGAAGAAGUUGUUAAUAAUGCAGGAGAUCAAGAGGACGAGCUGGCAAGGCUUAAGGACAACAUUAUAAAGGACAUAGAAGCAUCGUUGGAAAAUUACGAAGAAGAGCUCGACAGUCAAACGUCUACAGAAAAUCCUACAAAAAGAGCUCACUUUCAUAGAGAAGCUAGACUUUUGGAAAUUGAAGAGAAAAGGCUUGUCCUGGAAGGUGAAAAACUGGUAAUAGAAAAGGAGAAGCUUGAGGUUUUAAAGACCCUCGUGAAAGAGAUUUCUUUAUUUCGUAACGAACUAAGCAAAGCAUUUAUACCAAAGUAACGGCAAUCGUUCUACAUUUUUACAGUGCCAUUUAUAAUUAAGAGUAAGUUGUUAGAUUUUAAAUAACGCGUGUUGACUCGAUAUUUUCUAAUCAUAGGUUUAAUGCAAUAAAAACCAAAUUUUACCAA